GUGUAGUCCCGAGGGAUGCCGGGAAAGGGAGUCUCUAGGCAACGGUCGCGGCCUAGUCGUCGUCGUCGUCCUGGUUCCCGCGAGAGGAGGGCGGCCAAUGGGCGAGCGGGGCCGAGCCUGAGUGGGACGGAGACGGGCUUGUUGUUGACGAUGAAGGAGGACAAGGAGAACGCCAGGCCCAAAGAGAAGCGGGGAGGGACGACGCCGGGGCCGGGAGGAGCCGCCAUGGCCGGGGCGGACGCCAAAGCCGGGGGGGAACCGGACAGGCUCGAGCGGCCCAAGGAUAAGAAGGAGACGCUCAGCAAGGUAGUGAUUCGCCGCCUUCCUCCCAGCUUAACCAAGGAACAGCUUGAAGAGCAUCUCCAGCCUUUGCCCGAACAUGACUAUUUUGAAUUCUUUGCGAAUGAUUCCAGUUUGUACCCUCACAUGUUUUCCAGAGCAUACAUCAACUUUAAAAACCAAGAGGACAUAGUUCUGUUCAGGGAUCGCUUUGAUGGUUAUGUUUUUGUUGAUCACAAAGGUCUAGAAUAUCCUGCCAUAGUGGAAUUUGCACCAUUUCAAAAGGCUGCCAAAAAAAAGAGUAAGAAAAAAGAUGCCAAAGCUGGGACCAUUGAAGAUGAUCCAGAAUACAAGAAGUUUUUAGAAAGCUACAGUGCGGAUGAUGAAAAAUUAACAUCCACUCCUGAGACCUUACUAGAGGAAAUAGAGGCAAGAAACAAAGAAUUAAUAGCGAAAAAGACAACUCCUCUGCUGAACUUCUUAAAGAAUAAACAGAGGCUUAGAGAAGAAAAACGCGAGGAGAGGAGGAGAAGAGAACUAGAGAGGAAACGACAAAGGGAAGAAGAAAGGAGGAAAUGGAAAGAAGAAGAAAGAAGGAAAAGAAAGGAAGCUGAAAAAACAAAAAAAGUGGAAAGGUGUCCAGAGAAAGAGAGGGACAGAUCUAAGGAUGAACCAAAAAUUAAGCUACUUAAGAAGCCAGAGAAAGAUGAAAGAGACUUUGAAAAAAAGGAAAAGGUCAAGAAACUGGAGAAAGAGAAUCUGAGGGAGGACAAGGCUGCUAGCACAAUCGGCAGUAUGCCAGCCAAGCGCUCUGAUGGGGAUGUGAAAGAAGAAAAGGCCAAAAAAUCUCUUCCACACAGACUGGAAGAUGACUGUGGAAAAGACUACAGGGAGAGAGAGAGAGAAUAUGACCGAGACAGAGAAUAUGAGAGAAUCCAGCGAGAUAAACUUCGACGCCAAGAAGAAGAGCGACGGAGGCAGAAGGAGCGCUUUGAGAAAGAGAAAGUUUUCAGGAGAAAAGAAGAAGAUGUGAAGAAGGAGAGAGAUUCAUUACGGGAGAAAGGAAAAAGAACUGAAUUGGCAGACUAUAUGGGCAAUACAGAGAAACCAGAGAAAGCAACCAAAGAGGAUAAAAAAGAAGACAUGAGCAAGAGGGAUCGCAUUAGAAACAAGGAUCGGCCAGCCAUGCAGCUAUAUCAGCCAGGAGCUCGGAGUCGAAGUCGUUUGUCUGCAUAUGACGAAAGCUCUGCCAAGUCCCCUGACCAAGGAGCAGAUAAAAAGCAAGAGUGUGAAACCAAUAACACAAAAGAGGUAGAGUGAUGGGCUUUGCCUAUUCUCACUAACCUACAAGCCAAAGAGCAUGAACUGUGCAGUCCAGAAGUGCCUUGGAGAAGGAGGAAGAGAAGGAAGAAGAAUAAAGAGGAGCAGUGCUUUUGGAUGUUAUCUGGUUCCUGAGCCUCAGUGCAGAGUCACAACUCAAACUUGUGUUUCCUCAAUGAAUUUUCAUUUGGAUAGAGGUGGGUGGCAGCAAAAAGAUAAAGGUUUUGUCACCCUAAAAUAAUUCAGGUGGCUAAAGGUGGUUCUACAAGUCCUGUGUUUUCAAAUAAAAGCCACAAACUAGUAUUUGCACUUAAAAUACAGCCAUCUUGGAGCCUCAGUGGUUGAGCAAGUAUUAACAUCACCACUUUGUUGGAGGCGAAAACUCAACACUUUUUAGUGUUGAGAGGGAGCUGGCUGUCCUGUUGUAGUGGGGGCACUUAAGUUUUUUCUUUGUUCUUUUAUUAAAAGAUGUGUGUAGCCUCAAUAAAAUAGCUGAGCUCUAGGCUGUAUAGAGGAAAGGAUUUUUAAACACAUCUCAUGUGACAUCAGAUAUUGUUAACAACAUUUAUUUUAAAGGCAUCUCUGUAGUUGCUAAUUCUCCCAGCUUUUUCCUUUACUCUUUUCCUAAUGAUCUGUAGGAGAAAUGUUCUGCUUCUGUUGUGCAUUGCCUUCCUUGAUGCAUUUGAGUAGCCUUCCCCAGCUCUGGGGCCCUUUGAUGUGAUGAACCAUAAGACCCAUCCUCAUCUGCCUGCAUAUACAAUAACAGCGAUGGCUGGGGUGAUAGGUAUUGUAGUACAACACAUCUGGAGGGCAGUGGUCUAAGAAAAUUGGCAUUAGAUGAGGGAGGAAUCAAGCAGCCCACUCCAUGUUGUUGGACUUAAACUUCCAGCAGCUUGAGUUGGCAUAGUGCUGGUGGAGAAUGUUGGGAGUUGCAGUCCAGUGUCUAGAGGGCUACACGAUAUUCACGCUUGUAUUAUUGAAAUAUCUGGCAGCCCAGAAAGAAGAAGAUAAUGUGGCUGCUUGUGCUAAUGCAACACAAUUAUUUUGUACUGAAUAAAACUGAGAUGCCGUUUAAAA